AUGCUUAUUGUUAAUUCUUGUCCGUGGACUCGCGCAUUAUUCCCAGCUUAUUGGCGAUAUGUUCGUCAAGGAUUUGAACUCCAACGUUUUUUUCUAAAGGAAGUAGAUAUACAUCUUGAUAAAAUAAAAGAAUCUAAACAAUUAAAAGAAUCUGAGAUGGAAGAGCCUGAAUGCUUUAUUGAAGCAUAUCUUCAGGCUGCUAUAGCAGAGGGUCAACAUAUAGAGGACCCGGCAUUACGCCAAACAAUGGGAAUUUGUUCGGGAGAUUUGUGGGCCGCUGGUAUUGAAACUGUGGCUGCUACAAUGACCUGGGCGAUUGUUUAUUUGUUGAAUUAUCCAGAUAUUCAAUUAAAAUUACAAGACGAGAUAGAUAGACAUUUGUGUGAUCAACCUUUUCACUUUAGAGACCAAAAUAAUUUACCUUAUUUACGUGCUUUUGUUGAUGAACUCCAAAGAGUAGCUAAUGUGUUGCCUUUUACUGUCCCACAUUCUGUAAAGUUGGGUGAGUGGAUUAUACCCAAAGACACCACAGUUAUGGUACAACUGGGAGCUGUCCAUUUAGACCCAUCACUAUUCCCACAGCCAGAAGUGUUUCGUCCAGAGCGAUUUUUGGAUUCUGAGGGAAAUUACAAAGGAUCGGAAUUGAUAAAACCUUUUGGAGUUGGAAAAAGUGAAUUUUUGAAUUUAUAA